CAUUCGCAUCAGCAAUUCCCCACCUCCCAGCGAAACACCCCCGCUCCCUCUCCCACCUCCGAAGCAGCAGCAGCCAUGGCCCCCAAGGCAGACAAGAAGCCGGCCGCCGAGAGCAAGGUCGAGAAGGCGGCGGAGAAGACCCCGGCAGGCAAGAAGCCCAAGGCCGAGAAGCGGGUGCCGGCGGGCAAGACGGCGGCCAAGGAGGGCGCCGGCGGCGAGGGCAAGACUCGGGGCCGGAAGAAGGGCAGCAAGGCCAAGAAGGGCGUGGAGACGUACAAGAUCUACAUCUUCAAGGUGCUGAAGCAGGUGCACCCGGACGUGGGCAUCUCCUCCAAGGCCAUGUCCAUCAUGAACUCCUUCAUCAACGACAUCUUCGAGAAGCUCGCCGGGGAGUCGGCCAAGCUGGCGAGGUACAACAAGAAGCCCACCAUCACCUCCCGGGAGAUCCAUACCUCCGUCCGCCUCGUCCUCCCCGGCGAGCUCGCCAAGCACGCCGUCUCCGAGGGCACCAAGGCCGUCACCAAGUUCACCUCCUCCUAGGCUGAAUCUGAAUGCGUCGCCUUGUUGUAGUUGGCUGCUGUUGACUCUGCUUAUCUCUCUCAAGUAGUGGUAGUAGUAGUUGUGCACUAGAUGAUUGCCAACGCUUUGUUGGAUCCUUGGUUGUUGCUUUUGCAAGCUGAUAUCUAUGUAGAAUGUGGAAGUUGUGGUUGUGUAUCCGUAUCCACAGUGAUGAUUUGACAGAUGUUGGCUUUUCUA